UAUCUGACGAAGAAGAAAACCGGCGCUGAUUUUGAACUAAAGGAAUGUGCAGAGUAGUCAGGCGUGGCUGCGUUCAUGCUGUGGCAACACACAACCAGACCUCCGCUGUUAUUUCACAUUUCCUCAAGCUGUAUGCUGGUCAGCUGAAGUGAGACAGCAUGGAGUCUGUUGUGAACCUGUAUAACCAGUUCCAGGGUCUCAGAGCUCAGCUGGACGCUCUGAAUGAGAGCACCGAACCACAGUUCCUCCAGAUAGCAAGGAACUUCGAGGACUGUCGCAAGAAGUGGCUGUUGGCAGGCGAAGAGCUGGUUUCCUGCAAAGAGAUGUUGACCAAAGUAGAAACGGAGAGGUGCGCCCUGGAAGUCAAACUGAAACACGCACGAAACCAGGUGGACGUGGAGAUCCGUCGACGGCAGAAGGCAGAAGCGGUCUAUGAGAAACUAGAGCGCCAGCUGCAGCUGAUCCGGGAUCUGCUGAUUUCAGAGAAUAACGGCAGCAGUGUGCAUUUAAGUGAGGAGCAGCGGUCUGCCCUGGCCUUUCUCAGCGCCCAUUCGCAGUCAGCACAAGGCGCAAAAACCAACCUCAACUCCAGCCGAAGAUUAACUAGAAUUGAUGAAUCAACGUCUCUGCUGUCAGAUAUCAGCUACGACCAAACGGAUGACUCUCUGGACUGGGAUUCUUCUGCCAUGAAGAUUGUGAGACUUCGCAAACGGCAGAAACGCCGCUCCUCCAGAAAACUCGCCGAUGGCCCUCCACAAGCAGGGAAGAGGUCCCGCUCCACAGGACGUACAUCAGACAGGAUUCAGAAUGAGUCUAUUGUGGCCAAAAUAACCACCACCGUGCCCGCGGGCGGUGGCGUUGUUGAGGCCGUCUCCACCAUUGAAACUGUGCCUUACUGGACCCGCAGCAGGAGGAGCGUGUUGGCUGAGACGAGCACCACCAACCACUCCAAGACCGUUGGUGAAGCCCCCGGCAUGCCGGUCUCAGCUCGGACCAAAGGGGGGAAGAAGCACCACUUCAUCCCCAAAACGGUGAUCAAGUCCGAGUUCUGUGUGCCUUGUGGAAGAAGAACCAAGUUCGGCAAGCUUUGUCUUCGCUGCCAGGACUGCAGGAUGGUGACCCAUCCAGAGUGUCGGGAAAACUGUCCGCUGCCCUGUAAUCCCUCAGCUCUUGAAACGCCCAUCAAGGGAGCAGAGGCUACUCUGGCUGACUUUGCUCCGCCCACCUCCCCCAUGAUCCCGGCCCUGGUGAUCUACUGCAUUAAAGAGAUUGAACGCAGAGGCCUUCAUGAGGUCGGCCUUUACAGAGUGUCUGGCCAUGAGCGCCUGGUGAAGGAGCUAAAGGAGAAGCUCGUCCGGGGCAAGACUCUGCCUCCUCUCAACAAAGUCGAGGACAUCAAUGUCAUCACAGGCGUCCUCAAAGAUUUCCUCCGAAAUCUGCCCGAGCCGCUCCUCACCUUCCGCCUCCACAAAGUCUUCAUGGAAGCAGCCGACAUACAAGACGACGGCAACAGUCUGGCCGUGCUGUACCAGGCCGUCAGCGAGCUGCCUCAGCCCAACCGGGACACGCUGGCCUGUCUGAUGAUUCACCUGCACAAGGUGUCUCAAAGCGUGGACACUAAGAUGGACGCAAGCAACCUGGCCAGAGUCUUUGGUCCCACCCUGGUGGGUCAUGCUGUUGCUGAGCCAGACCACAUGACCAUCCUGCACGAUACCAGCAGACAGCCGAGGAUUGUAGAGCGCCUGCUGAGCAUUCCCGGGAGCUACUGGAGUCGCUUUGCACAUCCUGAUAACGUAGGCAUGGAGGCCGCUCAGCUCGCCGACAGUCCGAGCCAAAAAGGUGGACCGACGCACAACGUCAGCAUUCUGGGGCCAGUGACCACUCCAGAACACCAGAUGAUGUCCAAGACGCCGUCCUCCAGCUCACUGUCUCAGCGGGUUAUGCAGACCCUCUCCAGUAGCACCAUAUUCGGGAGUAGGAGCAAAGCCACAUCUGCCUCCAUCCGCCAAGGAAGCUUCUUUGCUUCCCCACAGCUGAAGUAAAGACAGAGAGGCCAACGUUUUUCUUGUGUUUGGAUGUUACUGACUACUAUAAUGGCCUGUACUUUUGUCUAAUCAUGGGGAAAUCACUGUGCAAUCAUAAAAUGUGACAAUUCUUUGUUAUUUCUUUUUGUUUUUAUAACUUUGCACAUGUUUUUUUGUUUCUUCUAAGAUUUUGUGGACCACAUGUCAAACCAACAGACUAAUACACAGCAAAAAAAAAAAAAUUAAUGGAGAAAAAUA